UAGGCUCGAGAUAAGCAGGGGGCAAAAGGGGCGUUACUGGCCAGAAAGCCGGGGGCAUAGCCUAAAGGGAAUUGGAAAGAAGGUGGUUUUCCAUACCAGAGCAGGCCUACCCCCUCCCAAGAAAAGGGUGAAAAACGCCAAAAAGAGACCCCCCCGGCCGCCCUCCUCCUCCCCUUGCUCCUGUGGCUGGGGGGGGUACCCCCUCCCUCCACACCAUGGAGCCAUCUCCUCUGUCUCCAAGUGGGGCAGCUGUCCCUCUGCCUCUGUCGCUGGCCCCACCCCCACUACCCCUGCCUGCAGCUGCAGUGGUACACGUGUCCUUCCCGGAGGUAACCAGUGCCCUCCUGGAAUCCCUCAAUCAGCAGCGGCUACAGGGCCAGCUCUGCGAUGUGUCCAUCCGAGUGCAGGGCCGGGAGUUCAGGGCUCAUCGUGCUGUCCUGGCUGCCUCCUCGCCUUACUUCCACGACCAGGUCCUGCUCAAGGGCAUGACCUCCAUCUCGCUGCCCAGCGUCAUGGACCCAGGCGCCUUUGAGACUGUCCUGGCUUCAGCUUAUACUGGCCGCCUCAGCAUGGCUGCUGCUGACAUUGUCAACUUCCUCACAGUGGGUUCUGUGCUCCAGAUGUGGCACAUUGUGGAUAAAUGUACUGAACUCCUCCGUGAAGGCCGGGCCUCAGCCACCACUGCCACCAUCACCACUGCUGCAGCCACCUCAGUCACUGUCCCUGCUGCUGGGGUCCCGUCAGGGAGUGGAGGCACCAUGGCCCCUGCCACCAUGGGCUCUGUGCGCUCCCAUGCCUCCAGUAGGGCCAGUGAGAACCAGUCCCCCAGCAGCAGCAACUACUUCAGCCCCCGAGAGUCCACUGAUUUCUCAUCUUCCUCCCAAGAGGCUUUUGCAGCUUCUGCAGUGGGCAGUGGGGAACGUCGAGGAGGUGGCUCUGUAUUCCCAAACCCUGUGGUUGCCAGUGGUGAGGCUACCUCUGGGAAGCUGCUGCUGGAGGCAGAUGAACUGUGUGAUGACGGUGGGGAUGGGAGGGGUGCGUUGGUCCCUGGGUCUGGGCUCCGGCGGCCCACCUAUGCACCCCCCAGCAUCAUGCCACAGAAACACUGGGUAUAUGUGAAGCAGGGUAGAAACUGUCCAGCACCAGCGCCCCAAGUUCCCCAAGACCAAGAUCUGGAAGAGGAGGAGGAGGAAGACCUGGUGUUGACCUGUGAAGAUGAUGAAGAUGAAGAGCUAGGGGGUGGCUCUGGGGUUCCAGCGGGAGAAGGACCUGAGUCUACCCUUAGCAUAAGCGAUGUCCGGACCCUGAGUGAGCCUCCGGACAAAGGAGAGGAGCAGGUCAAUUUCUGUGAGUCCUCCAAUGACUUUGGUCCAUAUGAAGGUGGGGGUCCUGGGGCAGGGCUUGAUGAUUCAGGGGGGCCGACCCCAUCCUCCUAUGCCCCUUCCCACCCACCCAGGCCCCUGCUUCCUGUGGACAUGCAGGGCAACCAGAUCCUAGUCUUCCCAUCGCCUUCAUCCUCCUCCUCUUCACAGGCUCCAGGCCAGCCACCAGGGAACCAAGCUGAACACGGGGCGGUGGCCAUGGGGGGCACCUCUGCAGGGGGCCUGGGCAUGCAGGGUGGCGCUGUUGGAACCCCUGGAGGGACAGGCAGCGGGGAUGGGAAUAAGAUCUUUCUGUGCCACUGCGGAAAGGCCUUCUCCCACAAGAGCAUGAGAGAUCGUCAUGUGAACAUGCAUCUCAACCUGCGGCCUUUUGACUGCCCCGUGUGCAACAAAAAGUUCAAGAUGAAGCACCACCUGACCGAGCACAUGAAGACGCACACAGGCCUCAAACCUUACGAGUGUGGCGUCUGCGCCAAGAAAUUCAUGUGGCGAGACAGCUUCAUGCGCCACCGAGGACACUGUGAGCGCAGGCACCGCCUGGGCGGGGGCGGAGCCGGACCCGGACCCGGACCCGGGGGGCCCACCGGACCAGCCUUGCUACCCAAGAGAGAGUCCUCCGGGGUGGGUGGGGGCAAUGACGAUGAGGUGAGUGGGGCCAUGCCCCCCUCCAGCCGUCGGGUCUGGUCCCCACCCAGCGUCCACAAAGUGGAGAUGGGCUUCAGUGGGGGCGGAGGAGCAAACUGAAGAGGCUACUGAGGGUAGCUUUCAGGGAAGAGGAAAUAGGGAGCACGAGUCAGGGGCCCCCUUUGGCCCCCAGGUGAUCUCCCACCAUGGUUACUGUCUUCCUUAUCUCUGUGGACUUGUAUAUAUUCUGGAGGGCGAAACACAUUGCGCCAUCGACCACCCCAUUCCACUCCUCAGCCCCUCCCCUUCAAAGUAUCCCUGGAACUAAGCCCUUCCUUUCCCUCACAUGGGUACACUGAGGCCCCAGCUCCAGGGUAGGGCACAUGUGGUGGGGGGAGGGAAAGGGCGCCUGUUGAGCAUUCUGGAGUCACAGGGUCAAGGGUCAGGUGGUGUAGUCUGUACCUGAAGUCUGUAUUUGUGUUGUGGGGACCAGGCCUUUGAGCCCCAUCCUUGUCCUAGAACCCACUCCGCACCUCCCCCAGGAUGUACUCUUUAUUUCUACCCUAAUCCCUCUUCCCGCUUCUUGGGGCCCCUCAACUCUAUUCUCUUUGGGGAGGGAGUAAGUACAAGGGAGUAGGAGUACAAGGUUUUAAUUUUAAAUCUUAUUUUUUUUAAAUGGUGAUUAAAAUAUUUAUUGGUCAUUUCA